AGUGUUUUGAACACCCUUGCUGAACUCCCUCCCAUUACCAUGGCUGACGACGCUUGCAUGACCAGCAGCAACCUCCUGGACAGCCACGUUCACGUUCGCGAAUAUGAUAUCCAUUUAAAGCCCAAUUUCGACACCUUCCGCUUCGAGGGUGUAUCGAAGAUAGCAUUGGACAUUACAGAUUCUACUAAAGUCAUUAACCUUCACGCAAAGGAGUUGGCUAUUAGUGCUGGGGUUACACUAGAAUGCCCCUCCAAUGGGAAGACGUACAAUUCUGAGUCCAUCGCUGUUAGCGAGAAGAACACUACCUGCACCUUCUGUUUUGCAGAGGAGCUCCCAGUCGGACCAGCGGUCCUCACCGUCGAUUUCGUUGGCACCCUCAACGACCAGAUGGCCGGCCUCUAUCGCUCGGCGUAUGUGGAUCAGUACGGCAAGCCCAAGCAUCUCCUCUGUACCCAGAUGGAGGCUAUAGACGCUCGAAGAGCGUUCCCCUGCAUUGACGAGCCCAGCGCAAAGGCUGUUUUCCGCAUCACAGUCACCACUGAAGCUCAUAGACAGGUUAUCUCCAACAUGCCUGAGGCCUCCCGAGCCCUGUUCGCUGCUGAGCAUAGUGGAUCGUUGAUGCAGAGAGUCACCUUUAUGGCUUCCCCCUUGAUGAGCCCCUACCUCAUGGCACUGGUCGUAGGCGAGUUUGAAUUUCUACAGUCCUCAACUCAGCGAGGCACUCUGGUCCGUGUUUUGGCCACACCAGGGAGGAAGGACCAGUGCCACUUCGCCUUAGACGUUGCCACUCGCGUUUUGGAGUGGUACGAGAAGUUCUUCGGUCUACCCUAUCCUCUCCCCAAGCUGGACCUUGUUGCCAUUCCUGACUUCGCCUGUGGCGCCAUGGAGAACUGGGGUCUAAUGGGCAGACUCACUAUGAUGCGUGAGAAGUCUGAGACCAUCAAUGUCGGCAACGGCAAAUGGGUCCUCCUCAACUACGGUGCGUGGGUGCCCUAUAGGGUUCAUUACAGCAGCCCAGAGAUGAGAGUCGCCCUCGCCGAGGCAGUGGCAGACCACAGCCUCCCGGUCCCCGACAGAAUUCAACUCCUCGCUACCGUCAGAGCGUUGGCCAAAGCAAGGCACUUGACUGUAUGUGAAGCCCUCCAAUUGUUGACCUACUACAAGAACGAGGACGACGCUGAUGUGUGGGAUGCCAUCGCUAUCGCUGUGUUCGCGCUGGAUACCAUUUGUAUCGGGGUCGGCCGAGGCAAGGAAAUGAACAGACUAGUCAGUGACCUCAUCGAGGGGCCUCUGGCUCGUGUAGGCUGGGAUUCCAAGCCUACAGAUGAGUCCAAGACCAGACAGCUUCGCAGUACUCUCGUUCGCCUGGCGAGCAAAUACUGCCACACCAACACGCAGAUGGUCGACACCGCUUGCCAGCGAGCCCAAGCCUAUCUAGAGGAUCCUGCUUCGCUCCCUGCUGAUAUACGAAGCUCAGUCCUCAAGCUUGCUCUUGCCGGUGGUGGAGACUUCUGGACUGCACUCAGGGAACGCGCAGAGCGCUAUGAUAUUACUAAGACGGAAGUUGUUGAUAUUUAUUCUUCCCUCGGUUACGUCAGGGACAGACGCUUGAAGCAGCGCACUCUUGAGUGGAGCUUAGACCCCGUGGUCCGCCCCUCGGACUACUACACCGUUAUGGCCUCCGUUCGGACUUCUUCCUCUGAGGGCGCUGAUAUGGCCUGGGAUUUCCUUGUAACAAGGUUUGAUGACGUGAAAGGUCGAGUCUCCACGGCUUGCUCAUCGCUGCUGACCUCUGUGUUCUAUUCCUGUGCUGGAGGCAGUACUGAUUCCUCAAGGGCAGACAUACUGGAACAUUUGCGAGUUGAAAAGAAGCUCAACGCGAUUGGCCGUUCACUUUCGCAAUUGAUAGAGUCGAUUCGCAGUAACGCUGCUGCAGUGGAGCACGCCCGCGAAUCUGACGUUACCAAGGACGCAUUCUGGAGUGAGCUCUUCGCAAUGCUACGGAACUAGAUCAGACCGGAAGACGCCACUACCAUAACGUCUCAGCCGGUGUACGUCCAGCGGUAUUCCUUACGUGAAUGAGUGUCGCAUUCUCUA